AUGGACUUCAAAAUAACACAGGGUUCUGAGAAUCUAGACAGACAUUACGACCACUAUUAGAGAAACAUAUACUCGAUCUAAGAGCGCGAGGAUGACUCUCAUUCUAUAGAUCAGGGGUACUAGGACUUCAUGCAAAAAGAGAAAGAAGUAAAAGACUUGUAGACUAUGAGGAUUAAGACUUUGGAGCAAAUUAUAAAGGAGAAGAUUUAAAUCAUUCAGCAGCUAGAAAAUGAAGUGGAUCAGCACUUGAAGAGAGGCAAGAAUCUUGAGACAUUGGUGGAUGAAAGGGACUAGGUUCUAGGAGAUUAUGAAAACAAGUUUGAUAGGAUAAAGUUAAUUAUUCAGGAAAAAGAUGUUGAGAUUAGCAAUUGCAAGGCUUAACUUCAAAAUUACUAUGAGCAAUACUUGGAUGAGAAAGAGCUUAUUAGAAAUUUGAAUGAUAGGAUUGAAAAUUUAUAAGACUAAUUAAGAGUUUAGGAGUACUCUUUCAAGGACAAAUUAGAUGAGAUUAUCAAAGCCAAGGACCAGGAGUCUGAAAGAGAGCAGAGAUUGCUCAAGCAAAAACUGAAGGAGAAAGAGAAGAGACUUGAGAGCACGAAGAUAAAUGCUGAUGAAAGAAUGAAUAUCGCCUUGGAGACUAGAGAUAGAGAAAUCAGGCAGUUGCAGGAGCAGCUAGCAUAGACGUUUUAAGAUCAAUCAUCUGAGAUAUAAAAACUGAGCCUGCAGCUAAAGACUGUAAGUGAAGAAUUAAUCAACAGAGAUAAAAUGAUAGAAGGACUGCAAAAAAAUCAAAGCAAUUAGACUGAGUUGCUUUAAAAUCACAUAGACAAGCUAAAAGAUCUCCUUAACCACAAGACUGAUAUUAUUAACAAUAUGGAGGACAAUAACAGAUAGUAGUUAGACCAUAUCAAUCAGCUAAAGCAGCAAAUCUCUCAACAAGAAAUUAAGUUUACAAACCAGGUUCAUUAAUUCUAGUUUGAGAGAGAUCAGAUCAUUUAGGAUAAUAGCCAGGAGAAAAUUAAUAUGGAAUAGCUAUUUGCCUCUAGGGAGCAGGAAUGGAAUAGGAAGAUAAAAGAGUUAGAAAGAGAAAAGAAGAAAAUAGCAAGAGACUUCGAAACACUUAAAAGCUAACUCAAGGAAAAAGAGAGGGGUGUGAAGAGUGAAAUCGAGAAAGUCUGGAAUGACUGGGAAGAUAGAUGUAAUGAGUUGGAAUCUGAUAAAAAGAAUCUUGAGUUCAGGCUUGAUGAAUAUGAAGGCAAGAAUAAAGAUCUCCAAAAGCAAAUCUCUAACUUCAAAAAGGAUCAGAAAAAUCUGAAGUCUUCCAUUGAAGAGAAAGCAAAUGAGACUAAGUUGCUGCAAAAUAAGUACGAACAAGAACUUCAGAAGAAAGAGAGUGAUAUAGAAGAACUUUAAAAGAAAAUGGACUAGAAUCAUAACUACAUGCAGUAUGAGAUUCAGCAUUUGAAAGGUGAACUUGAAAAGUAAUAUAAAAAGGAGUACUAUGAGAAGCAGAUGCAACAGUAGAAUAAAAACAAUAUAAUCAACAGCAAUAACUUCCAAAAUAGAGACUUCGUAAAUAAAGCCAAUAACCUUAUUACUCCUUAGAGUCAAUAACCUUAUCAAAAUAAUGACUUCUAAAGCUUUAGAUUAGCUUUGAAUGCAAUUAACAGCAAUAGACAAUCUCACGAGAGAACUCCUCCUUAAAUGAAUUACAAUAAUAACAACAAUAUCAAUCAGCAAUCGUUAAAGCAGACCAGUUUAAAUGGCUUAAACGAUAGUCUUGACAAUAUGAGAAGAGAGUUCUAUAAUUAAUUCAGCAACCUUAUGGGUGAGAGUGUAGGAUUUGCUACAUCUGGAGGGGAUAAACUUCAAUAGCAACUUCAGAUGUCUCCAUUAUCUAGACUCUCAAGACAGGGCAUGGGAUUGCAAGUUAACCCAGCUAACUUAAAUCUUCAAGACAAAGAAAAAGACUUAAUAAUUAAAGAAAUACAACUUGAGAAUGAAGAGUUAAAGAGGAUAAUUGAGCAGAUGAAAAAUGACAUGGAAAUGGUGGUAUCUGAAAUCAAGCAAGGCAGGUUACAAAACAACAACGGCAAUCACACUUUAAAUAACGGUGGGGGAAACAAUACGAACAUUCUCAUAUAAUAGGAAAUCAUACAGAAAGAGAGGAAGAUCUUCGAACUUGAGAGAAAGCUUAAGCACAGAGAUGAAGAGAUAGACAGGCUUAAAUAGGAAAGAGAUAGAUUGUUAAAUAUAAGUAACGAACUAAGAGCUGAGUUAAACAAUGCUCAAAAGAUGCUAUAGUAGAACAAUGAUAGCUAUGAUUAAAUGUCAUCAGAAUUUAAGGACCACGAUAUGAUAAGCAUCAAUAAGAUAUAUGGAAAUGACGGAGGAAGGGAAACUGCUGAUUUCUAUGGAAAUAUAGAAGAACAUAAAGUUAAGAUCGAAAAACUAGACAACUAUGCUGAAGAACUAGCAGCAUAAAUGAAGUCAUGGAUCCAAUCUGGAGCAUAUACUCCGUCAAGAAAACAUAAUUUCCAAGAUGACAGGAAAGUUGGAGGAGGCGGAAGAGUAGGAUAAAACACUGGAGGAACCUCUUAAAGAUAGAAAAGUCAAUCUCCAAACUCAAGAAUGAGGAAAUAGGGCGAAGAGUUUUUGAGAAAAAUAGAGGAGCUAAGAAAUAAUCUAUAACUUGAAGGGUAAUCACUAUAGAUGAUGUAGGUCGAGAUUAACCAAGAAAAAAGGCAUUUGCAACAGUCUGAGAGGCUCACACCAUCCUAAAAGAGAGCUUAAGAAAAAUUAAAAAGUGCACUUGACAAGAAAAAAUCUUAGGAUUAGAUGCCUAAGGUCAGAAAUUACAAUUUAAAAGAAUCCAGUACUGAAAGAAGGUCCAGAUCUAAGGAAAGGAAGUUCAAUGGAAAUGAAGAGUUCAAAGGAGAUAGAAGACUUGAGACUCAACCUAUCUACAUGAGAGAUAUGGCAAACCCGAGUGACGAUGAGGAAAAUAGUAAUAUGAAUCUACCCAGAAAAGUCAAAUCAGGGGUAGGGGCUCAUUCUAAUUUAAGAAGGAAAGCCAAUGACGGAGAUAUUUUUAUGAAUAUAAAAAGAAAGACCCCUACUAAGAAGAUUGGAGAUGAAAUGAUUAUUUGA